CAAUAGAAAAAAUACAUUAAAAUAGGCAUCGGGAAAAUAUUCAAAAAUACCCAAAAUGUAAUUCAGAUAUAUGUAGGGCCCACAUAUAUAAUUGAGUGAGUUUUUUUCUUUUCCAUACUUGGAAAUUUGACCGAAGAACUAAGAAAAAACUUUAUCUGUUCCAACAUCAAACCAAAUUAAAUUCUGAAAUUAAAAUUACAUUUUUAAUAACAAUUUCAAAACUUCACGAAUUAUUUUUCAUUUUUGCCACAGGGAUAUAUUUAGGGCCGGAAUGAUUUCAUUCUGGGCCACUGCCGGCAGCGAAAAGAGACUGUUGGGCCAUUUCCUAAGAGGGUACUACUUGCUACGGUUUUCCCAUUCCCAAGAAACUAAUCCAAUUCGGGGAACUAAUAAAAUAUUUGUGUUCCAAGAAAAAAAUAGAAAAGCUAAAAAAAAUGUGGUACUGCACGCAUGAAGUGUUGUACAUCAUAGAUAGAUAUAUACGUAUAAAUAUAUAAUCAGGAACCAGUGGCAGUUGCGGAACGAGUCUAUUGUCAACAUUUGGAAGCUUAUCAUCAUCAACAACAAUGGCGACGGCAGUGGUGGUGGACGCCGAUUACCUGAAAGAAGUCGACAAGGCUCGCCGGGACUUGCGUGCUUUAAUCUCAAACAAGAAUUGCGCUCCGAUCAUGCUCCGCUUGGCGUGGCACGAUGCUGGAACUUACGAUGUGAACACUAAAACCGGUGGCCCUAACGGCUCCAUUAGGAACGACGAAGAGCUUGCUCACUCCGCUAACAAUGGCUUGAAAAUUGCUCUUGAUUUUUGCGAGGAAGUAAAGUCUCGCCAUCCGAAGAUUACUUAUGCAGACCUGUUCCAGCUUGCAGGUGUUGUUGCUGUUGAAGUUACUGGUGGUCCCACCAUUGAAUUUGUUCCUGGUAGAAAGGAUUCAAAGGCUUCCCCGAGGGAAGGGAGGCUGCCUGAUGCCAAGAAAGGUGUUCCACAUUUGAAAGAAGUUUUUUACCGCAUGGGUUUGUCUGACAAGGAUAUCGUUGCGCUAUCUGGUGGCCACACUCUGGGGAGGGCACAUCCAGAGAGAUCAGGAUUUGAGGGUCCAUGGACUAAGGAACCGCUAAAAUUUGAUAAUUCAUAUUUUGUCGAGCUGCUUAAAGGAGAAAGUGAAGGGCUGCUGAAACUUCCAACAGAUAUAGCCUUAUUGGAAGAUCCUCAGUUUCGCAAAUUUGUUGAGAUUUAUGCAAAGGAUGAGGAUGCCUUCUUUCGAGAUUAUGCCGCAUCGCACAAGAAACUUUCUGAGCUGGGGUUCUCUCCACCUUCUUCCAGUUUCAAGGCAACCAUAAAGGACAGCACCGUGUUGGUGCAAAGUGCGGUUGGAGUAGUUGUGGCCGCUGCUGUUGUGGUUGUGAGUUACAUGUAUGAAGUCCGGAAGAAAACCAAGUGAUGGACCUUUACUUCAGUAUCAUUUGCUUCCUCUCCGGGCAGAAUGGUAUUCAAUCAUUACUCUUUUGAUGUCAGCAUAAAUAAGACUAUCAUACGAAAAUUUGACUGGAUGACGCCCAAGAUGUAUAAACUUCCAAAGCCACUUAUCGGAGAAGAAUAUUAUUUCUGAUGGGUGGUAUUCACAUCACCUCUAGAGGUGGUAUGAGUACAGUUCUCCAGAUUGCUUCCUUUCAAACUCUUCGUUGAACACAAUCUGUAUCUUAUUUUCUCUUUCGGCGCGACUGGCUUCCAAAUUUGGUAUACGAGGCAGAACCGGUAGACUUGAGUUUUAGAUACGAUUAGUGUUUUUAGCUUUUUAAUGCAGAACCAUCAUUUGACGUUUACCUUGCUAUUAUGGCUAUCGGUUUUGUUGUCCCCCAAAAUUUUCUUAUCAAUGAAAAUGCAGAGCUUCUUUGUUCUCAUGGUGGUUUAGAUUAUAGAUGUAAGGUAUAACUAUUGUGCUGUUUAAAUAUAUCACUGGG